AAAUAAGCAUCAUCAAAAUGAAAACCUAGGUCUGAGGUUUCAACUCGCGAGGCGACCUGGCGAAGCGAGCAGCGAACAGUAGCGCGACCUGGUUAACUUCCGACAACCUCAGCGAGUUGCCGACGACUCUAAAUACUUCCAUUGAGCUGUUCUCGAGGUUUAUUUGAUGGGGGUUCUCGUUGAAGAUCCGGUACUGUCUGAUGAUGAUAUACUGAACGAUGUUGGAAUGGGAGAUGUUAAUGUGGAGGCUUCGGAAUCUGAGUCAGAAUCAGAAGAAGAUGAAGAUGUGAAGUUGACUGAACCUUCAAAGACCUCUAUAUACAACAGAGACGGUCUGCUUGAUAAACUUGACGAUAUUAGGUGGCCUGAGAAUGUGGAAUGGAUCCACAAGCUCUCCAUUGAUAUUGAUAGAGAGCAAGAGGUGGACGUGAAUGAUGACCUGACACGGGAGCUUGCUUUCUAUACACAGGCAUUGGAGGGUACACGGCAGGCUUUUGUGAAGUUUGAUUCUGCGAGGCUUCCUUUUCUCAGGCCUUCCGACUAUUAUGCUGAGAUGGUGAAAACUGAUAAUCACAUGGAGAAGGUUAAGGGCCGGCUCUUGUCAGAGAAGAAGAAGAUUGAGGAGGCUGAGGAGAGAAGAAAAGCGAGGGAGGCAAAGAAAAUAGCUAAAGAGGUUCAGGCUCAGAAGAUUAAGGAGAGGUCUAAGCAGAAAAAAGAUGAGAUAGAAUCUGUUAAGAAGUGGAGGAAGCAGAGGCAGCAGAGUGGAUUUGCCGGGGGUGACGAAGAUGGUGAGAUGGGUUUUAAUUUCGAAGAUGGAAAAACAUUUGAGAGGUCAAAUAAGAAGAGGCCAUGGGUGGCUCCUGGAGAUCGCUCUGGAGGGAAGGCAAGACAAGGUGGUGGCAAGGGGAAGAAAGGAGCAAAUAAGAUGAAAAAGGGUAGGGACUUCAAAGAUUCUAAGUUUGGUUUUGGAGGAAGGAAAGGUAUGAAGAAGCAGAAUACAGCUGAGACCACAAAUGAUUUGAGAAGCUUCAACAAAAAUGAUUCCUCAGGAAAUAAGAAAAGGAAGAGGUGAUCCAUUUUCUUAUGGUUUGUUCUCUUUGACUGUUAGAAGGAUGAGUAAAGUAAAGAGGGCAGCUUACGGAGUUUACUGUGGAAGAUCUACAGCCUUUUAUUAAUAGGUUGUUGUAACCUAUUGAGCUUUUUUGGUGAUUUUAAGCUAUGUGAGACUGAAAGUUGGAUUUUCUAUUUAAUUGUGCUCGCUUUGAAGUUUAUAUAUUUCCGUUUUUGAUUACAUAUAAUUUGAAGCAGAGUUUUGCUGA